AGGAAAUAAUGUGUGAACUAGCGCACUUAGUGCUGCUAGUGACUGUACUAGCGCUGCCAUCCAGCACGGUCGGUUUACUGCCGGGGGAGCGCAGUUCUGACCCACUUAAUGACAUCGCCGCCAUCUCCCACACCGACACAAACUUGAUGCACCUACCCAUCGGCAACUCCCCCCAGUUGGAGGAUGACAUCCCGGGGUCACCGCUCACCCCCGACGAAUUUAAUUACGAACUCCCUGCGGAGGACUACAUCCCGCAGGACGGGGUGGCAGAUCCUAUCAUGUUCGCGGAGGCCUUCCAGGGCGACAUCGUGCUGGUGGACCACGAGGAGCUCAUGCGCAUGACUAUGCCUUCACACGAGACGAUCUCGACGAGGAACGCAGUCAUCAACCGACGCCGGACGUGGGAAGACAGAAAAAUACCUUACGUUAUCUCUGCCAGUUACAAUCAGGACGAGCGCGGCAAGAUCGCGGUUGCCAUGCAAAACUUCAAGGACGCGACUUGCCUUGAAUUUGUUCCCCGCGCUCGACAAACUGACUACCUGCACCUACACAAAGGCGCGGGGUGCUCCAGCAUCGUGGGCAAGAUGGGGGGUAAUCAGGAGGUAUCCCUGGGCGAAGGAUGCCUGUACGUAGGAAUCAUCAUGCACGAGCUGAUGCACGCCGUAGGAUUCUGGCACGAACAAUCCCGGCAGGAUCGCGACGAUUACAUCAGGAUUAACUUCAAUGAAAUUCAGAGCGGCAUGGAGUAUAAUUUCAAGAAAUAUAAUUGGGAUACAAUAUCGAACCUGUCCGCUCCCUACGAUUUAUUGUCCAUCAUGCACUAUGGCUCCAAGUCUUUCUCCAAGAGCGGCCGCAAUACCAUCGAGGCCAAAGACGGCACACCUAUAGGCCAGCGCAACGGCUUCUCUAGGGUGAGGGUAGAACCUGUACAGGCUCUGGACUGUGUGGACAACUGGGAGGACGGCAGCAAGUGUAAGCACUGGGCGCGUCUGGGAGAGUGCGAGAAGAACCCUAGCUUCAUGAUGGUCAGCUGUCGCAAGUCAUGCAACAACUGCCAGAAGUGUGAAGACACCAACGCCCACUGCGACUUCUGGGCCAAAAAUGGCGAGUGCACCAAGAACUUUGCGUACAUGGAGAGUGCUUGCAAAAAGUCCUGCAAGCUGUGCCACGCACGCG